AUGAGUGUGUUCAAUUGGACGGGUAAUGUAAACUCUAGUGCUGAGAUGGAUACGAUGAACAAUGUCUGGACGGCUGUGGAGAAUGUUCGGGUGGCUAGCAGCGCCGCCGAACUGGCCAUCUUCACGGCUCUGCUCUAUUGGUUCUUUACGUCAAGCCGUGUAGCGGAUAUGCUGGAAGUGGUGGGGGAAAGGGUGGGCGGAUGGUGCGGUCGCGACUCCACCACCUCUUUGCGCCAGGCUGUUCGCGCACGGAAACGUCACACGGAUGUCUACGCUAAACUUGACGCUGAAAUCACGUCUAGAACGUCAUCACUGUACCGGAUAAAGAAUGGUCCAGUUGUGCCCCCACCGCAACCGCAGGUCAGACCACCAGCUGGAUUGGCCUGUGCAAGAUGCGCUCCUUUGUCCAGGGAGUCGUGGCAAGAUCCGAAGGUGUCGGAUUCAGGUGCUGUCAUUAAUAUCUUGGAUAUCGGAAGAAAGACAUUCGCCAAUGGUGGAGUUAUCUCUCGUUAUUUCUGCGAUUUGGCGCAAUGCAUCUUCCUCAACAUGUACGUGUACAGAGAUGUCGCGCCCACCGUAGUAAAAGAUGAACGUUUCCAAAACGCAAUAGAAGAAAGAACCCGAGAGGAGACGAAGAAGGAGAAAGGAGAAGACGAAGAGUCUCGGUACGCGGCUGCCAAGAAGCGAGUGGAGGCUAAAGCGAUGAAGGUGCUCAUGGACAUCAGCUCUGCCAUGUCCAACAAUGUCUUGAGACUAGUGGCGUGGGUGACGCACAAAACAGUGCGUCGCGUGGCAGACGGCGGCUGCGGUACACGAGCUGCCUGCGUGGAGAGACUUCAGCGAGCAAACGCAGCUGGUCUACCGCUAAUCUUCGUACCGUUACAUCGGUCUCACUUUGACUACGUACUCGUCACUUUCACACUCUACUUGACCGGUCUGAGACCGCCUUUAGUCGCUGCUGGUGAUAACAUGCGGAUACCUUUCUUUGGUUGGUUCUUGCGGGGUUGCGGCGCGUUUUACAUUCGCCGUCGUAUCGAAGGGUCAGAUUACCACGAAGACCCCAUUUACAAAUCGGCACUUAGGGCGUAUAUUCUGAAUAGUUUAGCUGAAAAAAACAAUCUCGAGUUCUUUAUUGAAGGUGGACGUACCCGAACUGGAAAACCUCAACCGCCAAAAGCGGGCAUAUUAUCAGUAAUAUUAGAAGCGUACUUGGAAGGUACCAUUGACGACGCACUAUUAGUGCCAGUGACAUUAAACUAUGACAAAUUGGUUGAUGGAAACUUCGUGAGGGAACAAUUGGGUAUGCCCAAACAGAUGGAGACGUUUUGGUCGGCGUUGAGAGGUAUCUGGAGGCUUCUGAACACUAAUCACGGUAGCAUAAGAGUGGAUUUCAAUCAGCCAAUAUCUUUGAAGGAACUAGUGACAUCUUUCCAAAAGUACAACCAUCUAAAGGCGCCCAUAGAGAGACCUUUAUCACCAAUGAACAACAAUUUGACAGUGGAUCUCGACAGGCACAUGCUCUACAACAACAGUCACAGCAGCUUCUACGGCGCAGACGUUAGCGCUGACCGCAAGAUGAUGGUGGAAGCCAUAGGCAGACAUCUGGUUUAUGAUGCAGCUAAGUCAACGGCGUUUAUGUGCACUAACGUUCUGGCGUACGUCCUUCUCACGGAACAGCGGGCCGGCUGUUCUUUAAAGCAACUGCUAGCUAGUUUCGAGGAGAGAUCUCGGGCUCUGUCGAGAGAGGGCCGUGAUUUGGGAUACGCUGGCGAUUCGAGGACUGUGAUCAAACAUGCCUUAGACAUGCUCGGCCGUGGUCUUGUGAUGCGCGAAUCGGGUCGUAUAAGGGCACACACUUCGAUAGCUGCGUCGCUGGAACUAGCCUACUAUGCCAACUCGGUAGUCGCCCAUUAUGCCGCUCCGGCCAUUGUUGCUACGGCGUUGGAGAGUAUAUUACGCGAAGAAGGGGCAGAGCAAGAAUACGUACGUCAUAGUGACUUAAUGGAGCGUUCCCUCCAAAUGUGCGGUCUGAUUGGCCACGAGUUUAUACUGUGCGCACCGUGCCAACGGCUAGAGGAGAAGAUACAGGAUGCUCUCAGUAUGCUUAUACAGGCUGAUGUAUUAAGCUCCCUUCAGAAUCAAAACGUAUUAGACGAACAGCGGUGGUCGCAGCGCUUCGCGAAGAGUUUAGAUGAUGAAGAAGAGGAACGGCCCGACCCCACCAGAAAUAUCAAGUACAGGAUCUCUACUAAACCAGAAGCACUCGCUGAGAGGCGUCGCCUUAUAAAAACUGUCCGGCCUCUGCUUGAAGCGUACUCAGCCACGUGCAAGUGUCUAAAGAACGCGUCUCAAAAGGAAGUUGUCACAGAGACGCUAGAUAAAUUAACUGAAGACUUCUCACAAAAUAGAAUGAUCUAUGGUGAAGCCGUAUCAACGGACGCGAUCCGCAACUGCUUACGCAUCCUUCGACAGUGGGGCGUCAUAGACAUGUACACGGAAAACGACAAAGUGAGGAAGAUGAGGAUCAUUCCACACCCGACUGCUACCCAGAUUCGAGAGUCGAUUCACAGGUUCAAUGUGAACACACCUUUAUUGGACAAGUGA